UAAUUAAUCUGAUCCCCUUAAAGCCUGCGGAGCGGGAGGAGAGGAGUGGAACUAAAAAGAGCGCAGUUUUGCUCUUGUCGCUGCGAGGAAAAUCUGUAGCAUAUUUUCACGAAUUUCCUUUCUUUCUGCCCUCUUGCCUCGGAAUACCACAGGUAGACACUCAUGGGCAGCCUGGGUGUUUGGGCUGUGGCUGUGGCCGCGGCCGCUCUGCUGGGAACCUCAGGGUGCUGGCUGGCUGAAGGGCACAAGAGCAGCAGGCGAGGCAACGCUGAUACAGCCACAAUGUCACGUACCUCCUCCCAGGAACCAUACUCCAUGGAGAAGGGGAAAGCAGACGGGAACAUCGAUCAAACCCUUUCUGACCCAGAUGGAGGUCCCUGCCGUAGGACCUACUGUGGACGUGGUCGACAGUGUGUGCUGAUGGCAGAAACCGGCCGUGCUGAGUGUGUUUGCCAGGAGAAAUGCCGGCCCUCCUUUGUGCCAGUGUGUGGCUCAGACGGCAGGUUCUACGAGAACCACUGCGAGGUUUACCGCACUGCCUGCUUGGAGAGGAGACGGAUCUUUGUGGUGCACAGCAAGGACUGCUUCUUCAAAGGCAAUGCAUGUACCAUGUCGGAGUACAACAGACUGAAAAGCAUGCUGCUGGAUAUGCAACCGAAAGUGCUGAAAACUGGAGAGCAGAGCCAGCAGAGAGACAUGGAGGAGAAGAGAGCACUGGUGGACACCAUGUUCAAAUACCUGGAUGUAGACCAGGAUGGCCGGCUGGUCAGUGAUGAGCUGGAAAAGAUCUCUAUGAAGGAGCACCUGGAGGACAGCCUGCUCGAGUGCACCAUGCAGGACCUGCUGCGUUACGACGACUACAACAAUGAUGGACACCUCAGCCUGCAUGAGUUCUACACAGCUUUCCAGGUUGUCCAGCUGAGCCUGGCGGAGGACCAGCAGAUCAGCAUCUCCACGGUAACAGUGGGCCUCAGCGCCGUCCUUACCUGUGCCAUCCAAGGGACUCUGCGGCCUCCAAUUAUCUGGAAGAGAAACGGCAUCAUACUAAACUUCUUGGACCUGGAGGAUAUAAAUGACUUUGGGGACGAUGGCUCCCUGUACAUCACCAAGGUGACCACCAUCCACAUGGGGAAUUACAGUUGCCAUGCCUACGGCUAUGAAGACCUCUAUCAGACACAUGUGCUGCAGGUGAAUGUCCCUCCAGUGAUCUUGGUCUAUCCAGAGACGCAGGCCCAGGAGCCCGGUGUAUCUGCCAGCCUCCACUGCCAUGCUGAUGGCAUCCCAAAUCCCAAACUCCUCUGGCUGAAGAACGGCAUGGACCUGCUGCCCAGAUCCUCCAAACAGCUCUCUCUCAUAGCGAAUGGUAGUGAGCUCUAUAUCGGCAGCGUCCGGUACGAGGACACCGGAGCCUACACAUGCAUCGCCAAGAACGAGGUGGGAGUGGACGAGGAUAUCUCCUCUCUGUUUGUUGAAGACUCUGCCAAGAAGACCUUAGCAAACAUUCUGUGGAGAGAAGAAGGUUUGAGUGUGGGGAAUAUGUUCUACGUGUUUUCUGAUGAGGGCAUCACUGUUCUUCAGCCCAGUGAAUGUGAGAUACGCAGACACAUGAAGCGGACAGAGAGGAUUGUUGCUACCUAUGAGGAGAUGUGCCCUAAAGGUGAGGGGGUGUCACCUCAGCACUGCGUGUGGUCCUCAGCAGUCAACAUCAGGGAUAAGUACAUCUACGUGACCCAGCCCCUCCUGAGCCGACUGCUGGUUGUCGAUAUUCAAGCGCAGAAGGUGGUGCAGGCAGUAACAACAGAUCCUUUUCCAGUAAAGAUGCUCUAUGACAAGUCACAUGACCAGGUUUGGGUCCUUACAUGGGGGGAUAUGGACAGAACACACCCAACACUUCAGGUAAUUCCUCAAGCCAGUGUUGGAGAAGUACAUCAUGCCAUCCGCACAACUUUCCAGAGGGUCAACGACUUCUUCAUUCCUCCAACCAACCUUAUCAUCACCCACGUGAGGUUUGCCUUUGUCUUUCUCAAAAACGAGCCUGCGAUACACAAGAUCGACCUGGAGACCUUCCACCGCGUCAAGACCAUCAGCCUGAAGAACUACAGCUGCAUACCAGUCAGCAUGGCCUACACACAUCUGAGCGGCUUCUACUUCAUCCAGUGCCAGAGCAAGAGCCGCCUGCAAGCCCCGCCCCAGCUCCUCAUCGACAGUGUGACGGACGCAGUGAUUGGUCAAAACCUAAACAUCACAGGACAGCCGUUUGUGUCGCCAGACGGCCGCUACAUUGUGACACCUGACCCACAGAGCUCAAAGCUGAUAGUACAGACAGUGUCGUUCCAGGGGGAGCUAGGUCUGAACCAGGAACUGGACGAGCCUGUAGCUGUCUCUGAUCUAGCUUUCCAGCCUUCCUUCACGGAGUCCAACCAGCAUGUGGUUGUUGCCACCUCAGGCUCAGGCACGGACCUGCUAUUUGCCGAUCUCUCCUCGGGUCACACUGAGGUUCUCCAAAGCCUCAAGGAGCCCCUGGCCCCCCAAGCCUGGCCCUGGGGCGGCCCUAACAGAGUAGUGGUCUCCAGCGGUUUGUUUGGACAGUACCUGGUGACGCCAUCGGCCGAGUCCCUCUUUGUCCUGAAUGGCAAACAGAGAACGCCGCACUGCGAGGUGUCAGAUAUCAAGAGAGGGAACACAGUUGUCUGGGUCGGCGAGGUAUGAGUAAAAAAGAAAAAAAAAAGCCGGAAUGUAGGAGUAGGGGCAUACGUAAAUGAAAAAAGGAAAGAUCAGGCCAAAUAACCUAUUAUAAAGAUUUAUGUGAACGUAAGUUGUGGACUCAACCCUGGGACUGAGCAAGAGGGAUACAUGCCUGGGUUUAUUGUAACAAAAGUACACUUAAAAAUAGAGUAAUUGAGAAAACAUUAUGAAACCCUGUUGUGAUAUUUCUAUUGGGAGAAAGUGUCAAUGCCGUUCAGUGCAACAGUGAUCUAUGUGCACUUAACUAUACAGAAUUGUACAUUAUUGCACUUCCUUCCAUGUUAUCACAGCAAAUAGGUACCUGACGAGGGGUUAUUAACAAACUAUGAACUAUGCACAAUGCUCACUUUUUUUAGAGUAAAAAGCUUUCCAAUUUUGGUUAUUUCAACAAUGUUUGUCGUUUUCACCAGUGCUGCAUAUAAUCACCACAAACUGUCCGUCUGUCCUGUCUGCCUUUAGUGUAUGUGUGUUCUGAGUCCUUUUAAAAGCUACCAACCCAUCCGUUUAUUCGCCUUUGUCAUGGUAUUGUACUGUAUCCUCCCUCUGAAAGCUUUCAUUCUCCUCAUGCCGGCAGAGGUUGGCUUUAUGCACAUGUGUAAUACCCUCUAUUUACAUUGUCUAUCCAAAGAGCCCUAUUGGUCCAUUAGCCGUCGUCAAUGGAUGUUUCGCUCGCGGAGGAAGCCUAACCAGAAAUGAACAGUACAUCUUGUGGUCUCUUGGAAUGGUAUAAUCUGUCCCCUGCUGUCUCUCACAUUUAUUCUGUACCUGCAGCACAACUGUGCUGUGGAGCCUGAAAAUGCCACUUAGCAGAUUCCCUCAGGGUAAUGACUCUGGUUUACGCUGACCCCACAUGCUGAGGCCGUGCCAAAGUGGCAUCAACUCCACUAUCUGACUGGCUGUGAGCAUUUGUACUACCUCCUAGAGAGUGCAUCAAGAUCAAAACCUAGUAGCCUGUUUCAAACUUAGGGACACAUAUUUACAGAUAAUAGCAAUACAUACUGUUUAAAAUAUCCUUCCUGUUUUCAGGAAUAUUCAUUGUUAAAUUAAUCAAAUGACAAUACUUGUACAACUUUCUUUAUUAUAACCAUUAUCAAAAUCUGUAUUAUCUAUCUAGAAGCAGUAACCAAACAAACACCAGCACCUCUUGCUCCUUCAAAAUGGUUACAUCUUCUGUAAUUAGCUUUUCACCAUUUGUACUAAUUGUAUAAUGAUGUACCAUUAGCAUCAGGACAGCGUUACUGCUUCUCUGCAGAUGUCACCAUUUUAUCAGAAAUUACUGAAAUCAUAGUGUCUCGCAAACAUUUCUGUCUCUUGACAGUACAGCAGUCUAUACAUGAAUACUUCGCUCAGAUGUCACAUUUGAUGAGUUGUAGAUAUUGGGCUAAAAUGGGUGCCAUCAAUUAUUGAAAUAGUUGGUGAUUAUUUUUCAGACAGACUAAUUGUUGCAGGUCUGAUUAUGUCCUUGGGAAGCUUUCUUGUACAUAUAGUAUGCACAUUAAUUACUACACAAAUACUCACAGCCUUUAGGAUUUUGCAGUUGUUUACCUUUUUUUUGGCACAUCAAACAUGUUGAAAAAGUGAGAUUAAUUCAUAGUGAUCUCUGAAGGCCAUCCAAAGACCAAAUGUCUUUUUUUAAAAGAGUAAAUCCACUGUCAAUUCAGUUGAAGUCUUGUUAAUGGAGUAUAUCUGCUCACAUGGCUUGUAUUUUCUACCCAGAAACAAACAGCAGCUCAAAUUAAAAGUGAAUCAUGAUCUCCUGAUAUGUAGUUGUGCCUGUAAUUUCCCCAAUACAAUACAAUGCAAUGUGUAGGGUAGGGUAGAAACCAAGCUGAGAAAAAAAAAAAUUAGUUGCAGGUGUGAAGCAGAUUUGUUCUUGUGAUUUAGGUAUUUGCUGCUAAUCUGCCAUGAAAAUAUGUUCUGGCAUUAAAGCCUGUUUGAUUAACUUUUUGAAGGCAAUGACUUAAUGAUAGACCACUGUUGCACUGAGGAGAGAAAUAUACUAUAUGACAUACAUUUAUGCUUACUGAAUGGAAAUUUGUCAAAUUGGUAGCCCAGUUUUCUCACUGUAUCAAUCUCUUUUUUUAAAGAAUCUGAUUGUUAAAAAAACAUUAGGCUCUGUUGCUUCCUAAAGUCACUAUCCCAUCUAAAGUCACUCCCUGGUGGCUCUAACCGAGUCAUCUACAGUGUUGGACAGCUCCAAGACAUGCAUGUAAUGAAAAUAGACCUUCAACAUGAUCACCAUUGACCUCUCAGUGAUCUCUCACAGUCACACAUGGUUUACAGUUGCUUGUGAAAAAGUCACUUUUUUGCCCUCUCAUGGUCACAUCCGUCAGCUUAUCUCUUAAGGUUGAUUCGGCAGUAUGACAUCGCUACUAGAGCCAAGGAGAGCAAGAAUAAAGAGACUGCACCUGCGCUUGCUGAUAUAACUACAUUAUUGGCUAGCUCAUGUUGUUUGUUUGGAUCUACCUUCAGUGUCACAUGACUAUUUCCGUACCUCUCCUUGAACCCUCCGGUAAGGGGGCUGCAGAGCUGAACCGCUUGGUGUGAUAGACAUUGAUAGGAACCACUGUUGUAGAUAACAUUGUUCAUGUUUAGAACACGUUCAGACAUGACAAAACUGACUGUACAGUUUUCUUUAUGCAUUUUGUGUGUUCUGGUUUAUGAGGGAAUUGUUUUGUAAGAAAAAAUCGAAUUAAAUAUAUUGUAAAAAUCA